UAAUCCUUUGCAGAAUGUCUGCCGAUGAGGAGGAGGUUACGUUCUCGUUGAAUGUGAUGAUCAAUAAAGAUAAAACUAAGGUACUCUUUGCAGAAACCGACAACCAUUUUGUAGACAUUUUGCUAAGCUUCUUGACUUUUCCGUUGGGAAGAAUUAUCAAACUCUUCAAGAAGCACUAUGGUGAUGAAGCUCCCACCAUUGGAAGCUUAAGCACCGUAGCUUAGCAAAUCUCGAUAGCUCCCAUUUUGUGACGGAUGGUGCUAAGAAGAUUCUGCUCAAUCCAAUCAGCUCUUUUGAUGCUGAAAUCGAAGGGCUGAAACUCGAUAUCAGUGAUUCUCCGCCUGCAGAAUAUUUCUACUGCACCGAGAGUAAUCAUAAUGAAUUUCGUAGUGUGAGCAUUUACUAUGAUGAACUUCGACAUCUUUCUUAUUGUUGCAACAUAUGUUCUGGUUUGAUGAAGAAAAAAAUAGUUCCGAAGAGUUCUGAAGCUGCUUCCAGGGAUGGAGUAUUUGCUAUACAUAAAGAUUCUUUCAUAAUCUCCGACGAUCUGCAGAUCUUUCCAAAUGAGAUGGGAAUCUCAGGAAUCGUCACCAUUGUUGGCAUUGCAGACAUGGAUAAGGCUGAGUUGAUCAAAGUUGAUUUAGGGUUCAAUGAGAUUAUGAACCUGUUAAAGGCAUCCUUGACGUCUCCAACUCCAUUGUCGGACCUCAUAUUGAAUAAAACAAUACAGAUGAACUCUUCAACAGUGGAAUCUCAACUAAAUAUUGAAGAAGAAAAUGCCAACUCUAAGGCUUUAAGUUUGAAAGUGAUUAUACAAAAAUCUACCGGCAAGUUUUUGUAUGCUCAAGCUAAGGAAGAUUUUGUGGAGUUUCUAUUUAGUUUCCUGCAUAUCCCACUAGGAGGAGUUGAGCAUCUUCUUGGGCGCGAAACGCGUGUUAAGGCUAUAGACAACCUUUACCGGAGCACAGCUGAUCUUAUAAAUUUCAAGUAUUUCAAGAGCCUAAAUACAAAAAAGAGGCUAAUGGAGCCUAAUUUGCCACAUGGUUGUAUAUCUGAUAACCACAUUUUUCCCCUCACCGAAGAAUCAUUGUCUCCUGGUUACUUCAUUAAUGAAGUAUGUUUGUUUUCUUCUCUUAAGUUUCCCAAUGGCCAAGGGAGUUAUCUUCGAGGACAACGAACUUAUCAGGUGAAGGAUGAUUUAUCUGUGGUGCCCUUUUGUAUUGUCUCGAUCCUUUCCAGUCUCACAGAAGAGAAAAUUUCAAUAUCUGAUGUCAAAGAAGUGGAGCUGCAAAUUGGAUUGAAAGAGGCUUUAAGCAUACUGAAAGCCUCUCUUACUUCUACUACUGCUCUCACUGAUGCUCUCUUGACUCACAAAUCGCUCAAACAACCUAAGAGAGAAGAAGACCGACUGUGAUCCAUGCUUCCAAAUAUGUUUUUUCUGCUCCUACAUGUUGCAAACUCAGCUUGUUUUUUAAUAGCUAUGGUGUUUCAUUUUUAUUUUAAAUUAUGUAUGGUGCAGUGCUUCAUUUGGACCUUUGGUCUGUUUGCAAAGUUUUCAUUUUCCCUUUUGGAAUGACUUAAU